UCGGCAUAGGAUGCUAAAGUCCACUUCCCAACGUCAACAUAUUGUACCGUGGGUGUGAGGAUGUGGUAUCUGUAGUGAUUUACUCUCACUCUUCUGUCAUGAUAACCAUACUGCCUUUAAAGCCCGCAUUUUAGAUUUAGAUCACCAAAAAGAAUUGACCUAUUCUGGCUGUAUACCUUCUUAAUGACACCAUGAGUCUUUCACAUUGCUGUCGGGACUACCUCAGGUGACAUUGGCGCGCUCAACUAUAACCCUUUAUGAGUCCAUCGUCGGUCUUUCAUUACUUUGUUCGAGGACGCUCCAUCUUUAUUGGCCAACCGAGACGAGACGGCGUGACUAAUACCCACUGAGAACCUCCUCGUCUGGUGCUUGGAAGAAAUCUUACUCAACUCUAACACGUGUAGCCACGAGAGCAAGUAAAGGGCCAAUCAGCUGCAAGGAAUGAAGGUUGGAUUCUAAAAUGAGAAAAUGUGUUGCUAACAGGUUUCAGCCAGAGCAUGAACACACUUGUAUGGAUUUCCAGGUGCUCCAGUGAGGAGAUGAUGGGGGUCAAAGGAUGCGGAAGAUGUGAAGAAGAAGCAGGUUUCUGUUUUUUGCUGGGGAAUAAAUUGUUAUCUGUGUCAGAGGUUGAGGAAUAGUACUGUCGGAAGCUGGUAGCUUGCUUUUUAAGGCAGGAGGUGUCAGCGGGGGGCAAAGGAAAAGGAUGGGGCCGUCAUCGAAUGAUGAAGUGUGCAAAUCAUUGUGUAGCUUGGUAUGUUUUGUUCUACACUCGGCUUUGAAAAGCCUGUCAUGAAAUGAAGUGGAGAGACGGUGGGAGAGGAGAAAGCCAGUAUAAUACAAAGUAGCACAUGGAAAUCUCAGGACAUUCUGUGAUUUGGAUUUAAAUUUGCGAGGUGCAUGGUGGCAUGGCCAGGUUGGUUGGCUCCUUCAUGCUUGUUGAACAAGUGGUCCAUGGCUUGUCUUUCAUUGGACGCUUGUUAGAUGCAAUGGUAGAACCACUAGCCUUGCAAAAACGUACCCUAGAUUUUCUCCUGUUGCAGUUUCAUUCAAAUGACGUCUGACUCGACCUUCUCUCAAACCUCAUCUCUGCUGCCUCAUCACUCCCUUCCCUUCGACUUCUCGCAUCAGCUGACUGUUUCCUGAGUCGUGAAGGGGAGUCGAAGGGGGUCUGGUCUCCUCAUCAGGUGAAGAACCUUGAGCUGCUGACCCCCUUUCUAAUCCUUAGAGAGGUUCAGGUUAAAUCCCCCCGCCAUCCUCACCUGACAAAUCCCGUUCAGCAGCUGCCAUUGGCCCCCCCAGUAACCCAUGGUGGCCCCGAGGCCCACCCUCUCACUUCUUCUGGCUGUCCUGGCCUGCACGGGGCCUGCACGCCCCUCGCCCCCCCUGCUGCUCCGGCCCCGGGAGAGAGAGAGGGACUCGGGUGGUGUCAACAUCGCCGUGGUCCACUCGGGCUCUUCCCUGCUCCCGGAGACGGCUGUGGUGGGAGGUGUGGGGGUCGUCGAGCCGGGGCAGGGGUCCGGUGUAGGAAACGGCCCGGGUGGAGCACGAGGAGUCACCGAUACUGCGUCCGUGGCCGGAGUGUCAUUGUCUUCGUUCUCCUCGUUCACGACUCUGGCGGCUCUGGUCGGGGAAACGGUGAUGACGCCGUCGGGCCAAGCUAACGUCAUCUACUUGGCGGUGAAUGAGAGCAGUCCAGGAAGUCUUCUGCUGCAGCUGUGUGAGCUGCUGGCCACCACACCUCUGCAGGGUUUGGUGUUUGAAGAGGAGCGACCACCGCCACCCAACCGUGCCCCCCUGGCUCCCAUGUUGGAGUUUGUCUCUGCCCAGACGGGGGUUCCUGUGGUCGCAGUAGGAGGUGGCGCCAGUCUGGGGAGAGAACCUCAGGAGAGCGGGUCCAUCUACCUCCAGUUCACCUGCUCCACCUUGCUGCAGCUGGAGGUGAUCUUCGAGGUGCUGGAGGAGUACGAUUGGACCGCCUUCUCCGUGGUGACCACACGUCACCAUGGAUAUGAGGAUUUUCUGGCCAUGGUGGAGGGGAUGACGGACGGCUCCUUCAUUGGGUGGGAGAAGAAGAGCGUGGUGGUUCUUAACGUGACCGACGACCCUGGAGGAGCACGGACCAAACGGCUGCUCAAAGACAACGAAGCCCAGGUCCGGCUGCUCUACUGCUCCCUGGAGGAGGCCGAGCUGAUCUUCAGAGCCGCCUGGGCAGCGGGCCAGGCCGGGCCCAGUCACAUGUGGUUUGCCGUGGGACCUGCUCUGUCUGGAUUGGGUCUGGAGGGUCUACCCAAAGCCUUGUUUGCUAUUCGGCCCCAGGGCUGGAGGGACGAACCGCGGAGGCGGAUCGCCAAAGGCGUCUCUGUGCUAACCCAUGGAGCUAUGGCGCUGCGGCGAGACCAGGGGGCCACCAGCCGGGCACAGUAUGCCGGGAACUGCCAGAGCGACGGGAACCACACCAGCAGAUCUCUGGACCGAAUCAGGUACUUCACCAACAUUUCCAUCGGGGGCAGGGACUACUCCUUCAACAACGAUGGCUAUUUGUCCAACCCUCUGCUGGACGUCAUCUCCUACACCAACGGCCGGGGCUGGGAGGAGGUAGGCUGGUGGGAGAACGGUCACCUGCGGCUGCGCCACCAUCCUUGGUCCCGAUACGGCCCUUUCCUGAAGCCCCUGGACGAUUCGCAGCACUUGAGGGUGGUGACUUUGGAGGAGAGACCUUUCGUCAUCGUGGAGCCGGCCGACCCUGGAACCAGCUCCUGCAUCCGUGACUCGGUGCCCUGUCGCAUGCCCGUCAACUCCAGCUUGGUGGCGGAAGGGUCUGUUCCAAUGAAGCACUGUUGCAAAGGUUUCUGCAUUGACGUUCUCAAACGUCUAGCCAAAAUUGUGGGCUUCACCUAUGACCUUUACUUGGUCACCAAUGGGCGACACGGCAAGAACAUCGACGGGGAGUGGAACGGCAUGGUUGGCGAGGUGGUGUCCAACCGAGCCGACAUGGCCAUCGGCUCUCUCACCAUAAAUGAAGAAAGGUCGGAGGUGGUGGAGUUUUCCGUUCCCUUCGUGGAGACGGGUAUCAGCGUGAUGGUGUCCCGCAGUAACGGCACCGUGUCGCCCUCUGCUUUCCUUGAGCCCUACAGUCCUGCCGUCUGGGUGAUGAUGUUCGUCAUGUGCCUCUCGGUGGUGGCCGUCACCGUCUUCAUCUUUGAGUUCUUCAGCCCCGUGGGAUACAACCGCAGCCUGCAAAGCGCCAAAAAAACCGGUGGGUCAAAGUUCACCAUCGGCAAAUCCGUCUGGCUUCUCUGGGCCCUGGUCUUCAACAACUCCGUUCCCGUGGAGAACCCCAGAGGAACCACCAGCAAGAUCAUGGUUCUGGUCUGGGCCUUCUUCGCUGUCAUCUUCCUCGCCUCGUACACUGCCAACCUGGCAGCCUUCAUGAUCCAGGAGGAGUACAUCGACACCGUGUCCGGACUGUCCGAUAAGAAGUUCCAGCAGCCGACGGAGCAGUACCCUCCGCUACGUUUCGGAACGGUCCCCAACGGCAGCACCGAGGAGAACAUCCGCUCCAACUAUCCCAACAUGCACCAGUAUAUGAUUCGCAACAACCAGAAGGGCGUGGAGGAGGCCAUCGAGAACCUGAAGACCGGGAAGCUGGACGCCUUCAUCUACGACGCGGCGGUGCUCAACUACAUGGCCAGAAAGGACGAAGGCUGCAAGGUGAUGACCAUCGGCUCUGGUAAGGUGUUCGCCACAACCGGCUACGGCAUCGCUCUGCACAAGAACUCUCGCUGGAAAAGACCCCUGGACCUGGCUCUGCUGCAGCUGGUGGGAGAUGAUGAGAUUGAUAUGCUGGAGCGUCUCUGGCUGUCGGGGAUCUGCCACAAUGAUAAGAUCGAGGUGAUGAGCAGCAAGCUCGACAUCGACAACAUGGCCGGCGUCUUCUACAUGCUGCUGGUCGCCAUGGGUCUGAGUCUGCUGGUGUUUGCCUGGGAACAUCUCGUCUACUGGAAGCUGCGGCACUGCGUGAAGAGGUCGGGUGGGAUGGACUUCCUCCUGGCUCUCAGCAGGGGGAUGUACAGCUGCUGCCAAUUUGAGGAUGAGACUGUACCCGGAGGCAGAAGGAGCUCUUUGCCUCAGUAUCACACUGUGACUUCAAUGCCAUCUGCACCUCAACAACACCUUGUGACAGCCACGGUGAACAACACAACUGCCAUUGCCAUGGUGCAGCAACAGCCACAGCCAAAACACCAUGCAAAACCACAGCAAGGGCAGAACUUUGCCAUGCUCCCUGCAUCGCCGGGAAAGACGGGACACUCGGCCAUGGCCAUGGGACCCUCUAACAGCCCCCUGCUUGAGGGCCCGAUGCCUUGCUCUACCUUUUUACCGCGACACGAUCGGAGGCUUGCUGUUGUUGAUCGUUGGAACAGACAAAAGCCUGAGAAAAUGAUAAAUGUGGGCAGCAGGGGCGACGUAGUUGUUGGCGGGAUUGCUGGCGGGAUCACUGAAGUACAAUCGCAGCAGCCCUAUCAGUCGUCGCUUGGACAGCUUUGGAAGCAACAAGGUAGCGUUGCGAGUGGGUUAGGUGGCGCCGAUAAUAGCCUUGAUGAGUACAAGCGCUACUACGGGCCAAUAGAUCCUGAGGGUCUGGUAGCUAGCGCAGACCAACAAGCAGCUGGUCCUCAGCAGACUCCCAAAGCGAAUCCAAGAGGCCAAUCCAAACCACCUGGCAUGCCACGGCUUCCCUCAAAAAGCUCCCAACAAGGCCAUAUAUUACCCAAACCUCCUCCACCACUUCCGUCUUCUCCACGCAGGCCUCCCUUUUGGCGACGAGGAAGUUUAGCUCAGGCAAGGAGAAAAAGCUUGGCAGGUCCUUUAUAUGAGAACAUACUUCCUCUUGGGAGACGUGGGGGUGGACGGUAUGGUGCAGGAGAAGGAGGUGGAAGAAGAGGACGACGCCUCCCACCACCACCACCUCCUCUCCCUGUACCCCUGUCGUCCCCAACACACACCCCAACAACACCCUCCUCCCCAUGCCGUUUCUACUCCACCUGUUCGAGCGCUUCAUCCUCUUCCUCCUCCUCUACUUCGUCUUCAUCCUCGUCUUCUUGUGAAUCACUUUCUCGCUCAAAUUCACCUUCUUCGUGCUCAAGUGACAGCUCGUACAACUCAUCCCUUGGUUUCAGAUACAGAGCUGGGGAUCGUGAUUUUACGUUCGAAGAUGACUAUGAUUCUGACUUGCUCACAGAGGAGUCAAGCCUUCUGCUGGGAUCUCGAAGAAAAAUACGAUCCCGCCGCAUGUCUUCACGCUCCCUUCCGUGCAGUCCGCCUCCUCCACCAGUUCCUCCACGAAAGCCUCGCCAUCAAAGAGAUUAUAGAAGGGAAAGGACGGGCAGUCAGCUGGCCCAGUUACAGGAGUGGUGGGCAUCGUGGGGUGAUAGAGAGCGUCGGAGAGAUUCGGCUGCUGGCCAGGGAGUUGCAGGUCUGGGAAGAGAGGGAAAGAGGCACCGCAAAGAAAGGGAACGUGAAAGGAAGAGGCGGAAGAAGGGACGAAAGAAAAAGAAACAUGAAGAGCAAGAGAGAGAAAGGGAGCGCAAACGACGUAAAACAAAGAAGAAGAAGAAAAAGGAUGAUAAGGUGCGAAAGAGAGAACGAAAAAGAUCGGAGCAGGAGGGAGGAGAAGCUGACAAAAGAGAUGAAGCCAAACCAGCCACCCCUGAAUUCCCCCCCUACCCGCCCUUAAGACGAGAAUCCUUUAGGAAAAAAAGUGAGAGCUCUAUCAGGAGCUAUGGAUGGAACAUCCCCAAUGAUGAGGAGAGGAAGGAGCGCGAAGACAAAGACAGGAAUGACACUCGAGGGAAGGACAGAGUGCACAGACGGCGAAACAGUAAGCACUUUCAUAGCUCGGGCCCCAAGCCUUCAACAUCUGUUAAGUUCUGGGGAGGCAGCAAUCCAGCCAAUGAUGCUAUUCCUUCAGCUUUCCUCCCACUGUUGCCUGUCUCCUCCAAACGACGGAAGAGUAAAAGUUCGGACAGGGAAGCAAUGGGAAUGGAAGGAGAACGGAAACCCUUGCUAGGCCGUGACGGGCGGGAUGAGCUGCCAUCCAAGGAGGGUUUGUCGCUACACGAGUGGGAAUCUGACAUGGAUGAUGAUGUUGAGUCUGAGCUGGAGAGGAGAAAAUCGGAUCACGGGAAAAGGAGAGGAAGGACAACAUCGGAUGAGGAGCGGGAGCGCGACAAAGUGGUCGGCAUCUAUUCGGAUGACGAUGGCUCCUCGGGGGAGUUUGGAAAGUUUGAGCGAUACUGGGAUGAUCAUGAAGGCAGGGCCGUUGGUGGGAUUGGUGGCGGAGGUUGGUUUUUCAGCACCUAUCCUUCUCGAGAUAAAGCCGGCAGCAUCAACAGCAGGGAUGACCUGUUUCUGGAGCGAGGGGAGCGGUGGGGCACUGCUGAUAUUGGCUGGGGGGUGACAGCUGGAGGAGAUGGAGAAAGAGGCUGGGGAUCAGGGUCUCAUUGGCCACCCCCUCCUCUCACCCCUCCACCUCCACGACGCUACUGGUCAGUGGACAAGCUUCAUAUGCAAGACGAGAAGAAGAGCAAACGGAAGUCAAAAGACAAGGCUCGAGGACACAAUCCGUAUCCCUCCUACUAUUCUCCCCACCAUCAUGCUCACUCCCAGUCCUCCAAGUGGGCUCGCAUUACCUCACGGAGCCAAGAGGAGCUGUACCACCAUUUCCAGAGUUUUUGUGGGCCAAUGAAAAGUAAGCAGGACUCCCUGUCGUCCUCCAAACUGGAUCGUUCACAAAACCCAUCCAAAUCCGGAAGCCAGUCAAACCUUAGCAUCCAGCAGCGAACACAGAGAUCAGAUAGAGACCCGUCGGCCCUAUCCCAACUGCCUGCACUCCCCGCUCCUCCGUCUUCAACCCACCCCAUCCACGUUCCUCCUCCAACCUCCUCGUCCUCAGUCUCUUCUCCAUCUGUGGUGUCCUCCACGCCUGGGGCCCCCCAACCGUCCUCCCUGGCUUCGGCAAGUGCCAAACUGCAAUAUCAGAGAUUGCGCUCUGUGCCCCAAUCCCAGAGAUUUCCCCAGUCUCCUCAUCUGCCCCUAAAAGCCAAGACCCUCUGCUCACGCAGGGGCUCAGCUCAUUUCUCCAGUGUGGAAAGUGAGGUCUGAUUUCUUCUCAUGAAGAAUCGACGGUGGUCGGGACUGAUGGUUGACCAGCGGGUGGUCUAGACCUGGAAAUGCACGUUCACAAAGAAGACUGUACACUGAGCCCUUUUCUUCACGUUGUGCACAAACAACCACGAAAUGUCUAAGGACACCGGAGCGAAGCAGUGACGGACUGCCUCUCCCACAACCAUGAAGAAGCCCAUCCAGAACUUUCAUUCUGAACUGGGUUCAUUAAAAAAAAAAGAACUUCAAAGUGGUACAACUGAAGCAUUCUCCUUUGCUACAGAGUAAAGGGCUUUGGGUGUUCACACAGAACAGUUGUUUGUAUUCAUAGGAUUCUUAAAUGCUUACUGAGGGCUCAGGAACUUUGUAGUAUUUCAUGCCUGCUGCUCUAGAAAGCCUUUAAUACAUAAACCUUUGUGUUUUGCUUACAAAAUGUCUUACCCCCAAACUGUUUACAUCCUCGCAGAACUGUGAUGCCAGUCAGAGGCACCUACCUUGUAUAUGACCGAUUCAUUCCUGUUAAGUGGAUCACGAUUUUUCAAGAGGUUCCUGUCUGAUCAUCUAACUCUGUAUUCUGCUGUCUUUUGUGCUCGCGUUUGCCCAUGCUGUUUUCUCACUUUGCCCAGGUCCUCAGAGGUAACUGGCAACUUAAGUUUCUGCUUGAGAGACACAAGAGCCCUGGGAGCUUUUUGGAUGCCAGCGGUGACCGCUCCUGCUGUGAAGCAGGUCCUUGGCUUCGCAUCAUGGUGCACCUCUAUUCAUGCAUUUAUUGUACUUGGGAGACGCUCAGGUUGAGAAAGACCAGACCUCUUUUCUAGCUGAAAGAUGGUCUCAAAUUUACACUAGUUAACUGGUUGUUUCUUGUACUUUGAUAGGAUGAUUGACAGUCACCGGGUCCAACAGUGCCUUGGUCAUAAAUGUGUUGAAUAUUGGUUCAGAGGAACACCAACUUUAGCCAGCGGUGGAUAUGAAGAACUCAAGUGGAAGCCUGUGUUUUGGGGUCACAACAAUGCUGCAAAGGCAGUGGCACAACACGGAAGGGAGAACUGAGCAGAGAUUGAGCAGUGGGAGCGCAGCAAACAUUUGGCCUUGAGAUCUGAAUCGGAAAAAAACACUUCUCAACUUGCUCUUCCAGCUUCCUCGAUGCCAUCUUCUCUCUUGAGUGUUCAUGGUGUACUCUGAGAAUGUGGCCGUCGUGACAGAAACUUAAGUCCAGUUGCCUUUAUUCCAGCUUUUUUUGACCUGAACGAUGAGAAACUUUGCUUCACCUCCCCCCCCCCCAACCGUUGUCGGCCGCUCCAUUCCCCACCGGUCGUGUCAUCUCUCAGCCUUACUUCAUGGCGCCGCUCUGUGGUGUGAGUAUUGCGUGUCUGUACUUCUCUGUGUUUGUAUUCUUGACAACAGGGUAAGUCAACUGUGACUGAUAUUCUUCUGGCUUAAUGAAAAGCUGAGUGCCAAACUAACGCAGAGUUAAACAUGAAUCUGUAUAAUGUCUCCAGCUAUUACUUUAUUACUCUCACGAAGAAUCACCAAAAUAUAAGGACAUGAACACCUGAACACGCCAUCUAAUCUCUUACGUGAGCAAUACAUUACCCACCUUGUGCUCAAGUUUUAUACUUUCAAUUGAGUGGUGUUACUGUAGCUGUUGUUCUUCUUGUUCUUGAUGGUGUUUUAUAUAUCUAAAUCGACAUGUAUUAAUUAUAAUACCACAUGAACACUGUGCCAUACUGCUCAAGCUUGAGUGCACAUGAAACAAAUCUGGACUACCUGCCUUUGACAUCAGAGGGAAGUCUCUAUUUACUCCUGGCUGAAUGUAAAGUGGCCACAUGGAAGUGCGCUGCACCAAUAUUCGACGGUCCUGACCAUCUUAGAAUCCUGGCUCUGUCCCUUCCCUCCUUCUCUGCCACACGCAAAGAAACAGAGUCGGUCACGUUUACAUGGACACGGACUUCCGAGAGCUUGACAGAGGCGGUUGUGUGGCUAAGUCUCCAAAUUACUCUUCAGUUAAUGCAAUAUACUGAACGCCGGCGUGUAAAUAGCCUUUUCUGGUGACUCCAUAAUAAGCAAUACAGGGUUGUGAACCUUAUGGAAACAGCUCUCCCACAGUUGCUUGUCCACAUUUGUGUGUUUAAUGUCGGUAAAAUACGGAAGCUACUCCCGAAAGUGUAGUCAACAAAGGUGCCUGGAUUGUACCGAUGGGUGGAGCUGUACUCCAUCACCAUGGUCCAUCAGACUGUCCAUGUAAACGUCGCCACCGCAGUCGGAAAUUCCGGUUCCAAAUAUUGCCAUAAGAUUAGCAUAGGAAAACAUGCUAGCGCGUGUCAGCCAGGCUAUUAAGGCGUGUCGGGGAAACGUCUUGCCGGUACAAGUGCACUUUUGAAGUAGAGAAGGAGCAACUUAUGUGCAAUCUUUCACCUUUACUUUGUGUGCGAAACCUUGAGAGAGUAACAUGCUAGCAGCAAGCACAUAGAUGUACCACACUGAUGAACCACAAUCCUCGACAAAGUCCACACUACUAUGUUUUCAUUUGAAGACUGAAUUGAGGAUGAGUUAGCCACAUUUACAUGCGAGGGUAACAAGCUAAAACUGCCAGGGGGUGGCGCUGUAUGACUUGCAGUGGCAAAGAAAUAAUCGACAACACUGUGGUCACUUAAAUCUAUACAUCUGGUUUUGAUAAUUCAGCGUGGAGCUCUUGUAGAAAGAGAAAGUAAAGGGGACCACAUCAUGCUAAAAUGACUUCAUCCAGGUCUCUUGUUCUCUGAUUCUUCAAAUCAUUCAUGCAGUUCUGAGCGGGUUACGACUUCAGAAAAGUCCCCAACCCCAUUUACUUCCACAGUAAUAUCAUACGAUACCAUGCGCAUCCACAUCCAGGGGUGGUUUGUUGUAUUCCACAGGUACCGCUUUCAGAUACGACUAUCGUUGUGAUCAGCUGAUGGCGAUGUUACAAACUGGGCUCGAACACUCACGAGAUCACAACUUCUAUUUCAAAGGAGUGAAGGGGCCAUUUAUUUAUUUAUUAGGAAACAAUAUACUGGAGUGAAAAUAUCGGUGCAGUAUAAUGCCAUCAAGUACUGAGUGGUUCAACAUUGUCCUCUCGUGUGAAUGCACGUGGCAGUCCCUCCAAAAAGUGUUUUAGCUACCAACUGACUCACAACUGCGCUGGUUGAGGGGUGUAUUCGCACACGUCAUGUGUCGCACUCCGAGUGUUGAACACGAUGGGAAAGAUCUCGCUGCAUCAGUGGCGUCAAGCUCAAUGGCACAAGAGCCCAGAGAUCUUCAAUGGUCUCUAAACUGACGCUGCUUUAACAGGAAAUGCGAGUCUAAACAGAAUCAAUAUCAUUUUCCCUUUUAGUUACUGGAAGUCGAAUGUAUCAUUUAAUGAUAUUACUGUGUUAAGUAUCAAAGUAUUGAAAUUGCUGUACUACUUCCCUCCGCAUGACAUCACUGCUUGCUAGCUUAACGUCAACUGCACCCAUAGAUUCAUGAGCCGCUGUUGAAUUUAAUAUGGAGUGAACCAUCUCACACACCUCACGAAAUAACUUGCCGCACCAGAUUUGGGCCCCGGGCUUUGAGUUGUGUUACAGGAUCGGUCGCAGGGAGAAUGAUGGCUGAUACCCGCCACCGCAUGCUUACGUGAUUAAAUAGUAUAUUUUUUUCAUUAAGGUUUCCAUUCUAAUUUCUAAAGCAGGCUCUGACCAAUCACUGCUAAGGGGGCGUGGUCAGGGAGGAGCGCAAAUGGAAGACCUGAAGGAAAGACAAACUUCUCCUGAACAUAAACUAUUUUAAUAAAAAUAAACUUCACAGUCGUGAUAUAGGACCUGUAUCAAUGCAACUUCUACAUACAUCCUGAACAACAAAAAAGUUGAAACGAAAACAUAGUAUUGUGGACCUUCCAUUUCAGUCACGCUCUGAAACAUGUUUGCGUCGCUUAAUCUUACGAGUCACAUCAGUAUCCGGUCACUCCCUUUUUUGUUUGCCUCGAACUGCAUCUGAGCCAUAAUUUACUUCAACGGAAAAAAAGAUGAAAAACAGUUUAUCUGCGUUCAUUUGAGAAAAGAAGAAAAUCUCUCUAUAUAUAUAUAUAUCUAUGAAGAGUAAAUCUAUUUGUGGAGGUGGCUAGCUUUAUAGCAUAUUGUUUUUUAUUCCAACGCCUUUAAACACGAUUGAAAGAUUGUGUUCGAGUAUCAUUUGUUUGACGACGACAGAAUAUGAUUCUGCGGUCAUUUUUUAAAAGCACUGCGUGUAGUGCAGAUGUAGAGUUGAAUUGCAACCUGUCCAUCGAAGCCAGAGGACGUGGAAAGCUUUGUUUUGUUCCCUGUGAGUUCUCAUCUUCAAGUGACUCAUUGUGGUGUCACUAUAAACAGGAUCAGACUGUAGCGUUGAACCGGCGACACGGGGAACAUUCACACUCGCGUGCAGAGAGCUUCAGUCCGUAGCACCUUGCGUGACACUUUCAACAGACACAAAGUCACGCUGGGUGUUCAUGUGGGCGUCGCCUUGCUGUUGUGGCCUUCACUUCUCACCCAUCAGCCCUGCCUCCAGGUAGCUUCAGCCACAGUAUAAGAAGAUUGCAAUGGUAGCACCAGCAGUGUGUGGACUGGUGGGUAUGAAGCCCAGUGAUCCAAGUACCGGAACCAUUCCAACACUACUUUGUACUGCACAGCCAUUCAUGGGCCACAGCUGAGACCAGGUCUCAUUGCUACAUGAGCUCACCAUGAGGGGUGAGAGCUGGCCUCAGGUGCCCGAGUGGGCUCGCUGCCUCAUGGAGCUUCAUUACCCUGGUGACAGUCGGCACCUAUCCCAAUUCUUCAUGGCCAUUUUUGCCUCCAUAAAUAUCGCAAACGUCAUUUCCCACUAGGCCUGCUCAGUUUCUACACUUAUAGUCAGCCAUGUACACAUUGGUUGGACUCCAGAUUCUCCAUACUGGACUCUGGAGAGAGGACGAGGAAAUUUCAGGCUUACUCUCGCGUGCCUGAUCUGUUUGACCCAAUGUUUUGCAAAAGGGUUCAUAGCACGGCGUGUUGCACGCGCAAAUACGUCGGAAGGCUCGCGUUUCAGCGAGGAAGUAAAUAAACCCCGCUGUACUGCUCUUGCUACACAUUGUUAGCCACCUUAGCGGUCGCUAAUUCACUUGCUAAAUGGUGGGAAAUGUCGAGACACAUUGGAUUCUACCAUCUGUUGAGUGGCUCUUGGUGAUUCUGAAUUCAUUUCAAUUAUUAUACAUUCAUAUUUAAUUCAUAUUUGUCCAUUUGUUUCAUAUUGAAGGCCGUUGACAGCUGUUUUAAUUUUUCCUAACAU